GGGGCGCCGUAGCCAAUGGGAGCGCAGGGCGGGCUGGUUGGUUGCAGACCCGGCGCCGUCGCUGAGGAGAAGGCGGUUGCGGCGCUCGGCUUAGCGGGGAUGGCCACCAGCCCGAGCGGGCGGAGGGGCAGCCGGGCUCUCUCCGAGCUGCUGGCAGGAAGAGUCAAGAAACAGAAAUGCACAUUUGACAGUGGACAGGAGUUUCAGAAAGCAGCUGUUCACCUUCUGAGUUGCCAUCAGAACUUGAAUGACCUCUUGCUGGAGGUGGAGAGUUCCAGUAAAUCAACUGAACAGAGUGGUCCAGAGCCUCAAAGUGCUUUUUCAGAAUCAUUUGUAGUCUCCAUUCUGCAGGAGCAGGCCUCGAGGCUGGGAGUACCAAUGGGAAUCUUGUCAGCCAAUACCACUGCUACCAACAUUGAACAGAUUUGCAAAACUUCCAUGGAGUCCAACCAAGUUGCACUGUUGAACUUGGAGCAGAGAAAGAAAUUGUCUUGUUUGCUUCAAACUGUCAAGGAUUUGUUGGUGCACAAUGCCUUCUGUCGUUUGCUCUUCUGUCAAGAACUGUGGAAAAAGCAGAAUCCUCCCGUGUUGGAAGUUGUGUGGCACCUGCACAGAGGCAACAUUGUUAGCUUGGGAGAGCUGCUGGAGAGCAAUUCAGACACCCCUGCUGUGGUGGAGUGGCUAUGCAGCAGCCUUUGUCUGCUUUGUAAGCAGACAGACAGUUCUUCCCUGGAUGUGGAGCUUUCUGGGCACAUACUCUCAGACUUUAUGAUUGUGUUUCUUCAGAAUGGAUUUCAGCAAACUUCAGAUCCAGAAAAGAAGGUGGAAUUCCAGAAAAUCCCCCAUAUCUGUUAUGCUGUACUGCAAAAAAUGUUGACAUGGGUACUUGAUGCUGUUGCUAAUGAAAAACAGGAAGAUUCUUCUAAAUUACAGGCUGUGAAAUGCUGGCUGAACAUAUUCACUGUGACAAUGUACAAAAGCACCAACUUUCCAGAGUCUUUGCAACAGUUCUUCAUUCACACCCUGACUGAGAUUCUUACCUAUAAUCCUUUGUUGAAAGCAUCUGAUGCCAUACAUAUGCAGAGAGAAUGGAGUUUUGCAAGAAUCUGCCCACUGCUUACUACCUUGUAUCGCAAACUGUUUGUGGCAUUCAGUGCAGAGAAGUUGAUGUGUCAUUUGCAGCAGAUUCUGGAGACUCAUGAGGUGAAUUGGCAGCAUGUGCUGUCCUGCUUUUCUACAUUGGUAGUCUGCCAGACUGAAGCAGAGCAGCUGGUUAAAGACCUACUGAGCAGUCUGCUGAUAAAAGCCUUUGAGAAUUACGAUAUGGAAAACAUGAUCACUGCAUUCUUGAUAGCUCGUCAGGCUGCCCUUGAGGGUCCUGCUGUGUUCAUGCCUUAUGCUGAAUGGUUUAAGGUUUCCUUUGGCAAUGCCAGUGGUUACCAUGGUAGCAGUAAGAAGGCUUUGGUCUUUCUCUUCGAGUUCCUAUCAGAAUUGGUUCCCUUUGAAGCACCCCAAUAUCUGAAGGUCCAUAUCAUGCAUCCACCUUUCGUACCAACAAAAUACCGUCCCUUUCUCUUGGAAUAUAUCACUCUGGCCAAAACCCGAUUGGCUGAUCUCAAGGUUGCUAUCGAAGACAUGGGGCUCUAUGAGGAUUUAUCUUCAACAAAGGAAGCUGUGCAGCCCCAGAGCCAGGCACUUGAAGAUGUUGAAAAGGCCAUUCGGAUAUUUGAAAAUACAGGGAAGAUCCCAACAAGUGUGAUGGAGGCCAGUAUUUUCAGAAGACCCUAUUAUACUUCCCACUUUAUUCCUGCUUUACUCAUGCCACGUGUGCUCCCUGAAAUUCCAGACUCACGCAUCGUUUUUAUAGACUCCUUAAAGAGAGCUGACAAAAUUCCACCAAACUUGUACUCCAGAUAUGUCCAAGCUUGUCAUUCUUUGAAAGAGAAACACUUACAAGAUGGAUCAAUAGAAAUAGAGACUGACCAUCUCAAAGAGCCUGUUGAACAGCUGAAGGCUGAACUGGAUGAACUGAUCAUGCUGAUCACAGACCAAAGCAAACAUGAUGCUGUGCCAGCCCAGAUUGCACUGAUCUCUGAGAGACUGAUGACUGUCCUGGGACAUCGCAAUAAUGAAAAUGAAGCUGCAUCCUUCAAUUCUCUGAUCCAACUUAACAUUUGUUCCCCAAAACUUGAACAGCAGGAUCAGUGUGUCAUUGAUCUUUUACUGACAUCCUUUUGCCAGAAUCUAAUAGCUGCUUCCUAUUUUAACCCUCCUGACAGGCAGGGGCUCUGUUUGUCUCUGUUUGUGAAGAUGAUUUGUGGGCACAGGCGUGUCUUACCUGCCCUGUUGACUAGGCUCUGUCAGCUUAUUUAUCAUCAGGGUCCUUCCCUAAAUGAUGCUCAUGUUUUAGGACUAGCUGCCUUUAUGAUUCAUUUAAAUGAAUCCAAAUCUUUGAUUCCUGAAGUGAACAUUGGAUCCAAGGUUGCCUCUGCAAAGGGCCUUUCUGUUACUGAGUACUGGAACCAUUUACUUGUUUGCAGGACAGGGGAGUCCUUAGCCUUCUGCAUGAGGUUUUGUACUGCAGCAGUUGCUUAUUGUUUGUGCAAGUUUCCUUCCCUCUCUCAUGAUGAUUUAUGCAACUUGCUUCCCUCUGGCGUUAUAAAAAAGUUACAGUAUGUUGUGCCACGGCUGAGCUUAGAGGCUCGCGGAAUUGGCCGUGAGGAGGAAGCACCUGAACUGUCCUGGAGGUCCCUCUCUUGUCCCUCUGUAAACUACACGAAAACCAGCCUCUGUUUAUGGAAGCAAACGUGCUUCCAAGAACUCUUGAAGGAGAAACUAUUCCAGUUAUCUUUCCAAGAGUGGCUGCUGUUUGAGCUAGAAGUCCAGCCUGAGAAGGAUAUCCUUUCUGCUUCUGAAAGGCACGACUUCCAUUACUGGGCGUUGUACCAGUGGUAUCUUCCAGCAGCUUCUGCUUCUGGAGGCUGUGAUGGAAACCUGGAAAAGGCAUGUGGCAUUCUUAUUGGUACAAUUCUGGAUUUCUCCCAAAGGUCAGAGUUGGACAACUGUGGACAGUUGGAGAAGUCAGAGUUUUCCGUUCAUAACAGGACAGUCAAUCCUGAUAUUCUCUGCAGAUUACAGGAAAUGGUACUUGAGCUAGGGUCUAGGCAGACUUCACCCACUGGCUGCUGGAAUGACAAGGGACACUUCCUAUUCAGGAUUUUCCAGGAAAGGUUAAAAACUAUAGGAAAUGGCUCUGCUGUAGGUGAACGGCUACUGAGGCAGCAGGAAGUGCUACUGCAAAAAAGGAUUCUGUUGUGUCUCCCCCCAUCAGUUCUCAUCAUGAUGUGUCGAAGAGGAAAGAAAAUGACCUUGGAUUGUGAAGAUUUCUUUUUUUUUGUAAACACUGAGCUGAGGAACAUUUGUUCCAGAGGAUGUGCACUCUCCUAUGACAUCACAGCUCACUUCUUAAGGGGUCUGUUGAAUGCCAGUUUGGAUUAUGAGGAAUCAGCACAAGGGAUUAAUGAUGUUUUGAAAACAUGUCGAACCAAAUGUCCCAUUAUCAUUUCUUCUGCAGCGCUGUGGUGGCUGAGGUUGGAGCCGGUGCUUUGCUCCCAGUGGAAGAGGCUGUUUGGGGCUCCACUUGCACAGGAAUUGCAGAGACUGAGGAAAUGCCAGCAUUCUGCUACUAGCUUCCUCUCUUUAGAAGCAGAAUUUUCCCUAUCUGAUACACCCUGGAUUUCUGCGGCCUUUCUACACUUCACUGUUCAACAGCAAGCAGCGCAUGGAAGAAUGAGAGACGUGCUGAAGAGAGUGGGGUCUGAUACAGAGCAGCUCCUAGUGUGUCUGCUGUUCUUUUCACUCAUGGAUCUCAUCUUCACCAGAUUAGCACCAAAGGGUGAUCUGAAGCCUCCUGCGUUAGCAUCAAUGCAUUUGUCUGCAGAGAGGUGGAGGAAGAGGCUCUGUCUGUGCCUUUAAUAGUACGAAUGCUGCCACUGACACCACUCUUGAUAAACCUUCACCAUUACUGGGGCAGUUUUUUGUCUGAAAUGUAACUGCAAUUCAGUCCGGGGUGUGCAUGCUCUUUUCUGAACUACACAGCAAGGGACAGAGUUUCAGAAAUCUUUGGAAUGGUGCCUGGAGAUCCUCGGAUGCUUGGAAGAACAAGGCGUGUCCUGGCUCGCUCUCUUUCACUCAGCAGAGAAAGGUGCGUAGAACUCUCCUUCCCAACUUAUGGGAAUGCAAAAUUUGGUACCAGGUGCUUUAAGGGAUUACCUUUUGGGUCUGGUGAAUAUAUUUGUCUGAAGGAGCCUCCCCACACUGUAAGCAGCACAGAGAAAACUGCCCCCUGUGGGGCAUAAAGAAAUGACUCUAGGUGUCUACGUGGUAGCACUUUGAUUUCUAUCAGCUGCUGUGUCGAGGCAGGAGCCCAGUAAGGGUUUGCCAGAUCUUCACUGAAUGUAAUAAAUUGCUGUUUAGAGGGAGCUGAGUCCAAACAGCUUAAACCACACAGUAGCUGACAAUCCAUAUGAAUAAGUUACACAAAUUCAGUACUGUGCCACCUGCUAGAGACAGGCUUGAAAACCAUCAAGCACUGUUCCAUGAGAAAAGGAGUACUUGUGGCACCUUAGAGACUAACCAAUUUAUUUGAGCAUGAUGAAGUGAGCUGUGGCUCACGAAAGCUCAUGCUCAAAUAAAUUGGUUAGUCUCUAAGGUGCCACAAGUACUCCUUUUCUUUUUGCGAAUACAGACUAACACGGCUGUUCCUCUGAAACCUGUCUUCCAUGAGAGUGACCUGAUCCAAACUUCAGAUUAUGCACAGUCUCCAGCUGUUGCCUGGAAGGCACUAUGCCCAGCAUCUGCACUGCUUUAGAAAUAUCUGGAGAGACCCAAUGAUGAUCUAAGACAUUUUACCCUUCUCCUGUCUUUGGAUAUUGCAGACCGGGGACUGUAUCAAAUUCUACACAGUGCUGCCUCAGACCAAUACAUCAGCCUGUUGCCUAUUGCGUUCUACAGGUAACAACAAAG